UUUUGCUUAAUUGUGUGAUAAUGUUCGACAAGCUCAACGACGACUGCUGGCUAAAAAUUCUAAAAUAUGUCGACCUACAGGAGCAACUAUCGCUGGCGCAGAUUUCAAACCGGAUGAGUUUUGUGGUCCGAUACCACUGGAAACAACUAACAAAGGCUUGUUUGAACAAUGAAGUUCUGCAAGUUUUCGAGCAGCAGCCAGACGUAAUGCACGAUUUCCUAGAGUCCGCCAGUGGAUCGCUGCAACAUUUGGUGCUGAAAGAAGGCACAAUGGGCCUUUUGGAGUCAUGGAAAUCUUAUAGUUUUCCCAAAUUGGCUACACUCCACUGUGACUAUCGCUUCUGUAAUACGGAGCAGGCCGAUAAGAACACUUUGCUGCUGACGGCACUGUUUCCACAUGUGACUAACCUAUUGCUACUGAGCAGCACCAGUGGUCGCCAUCUGUGGAACUGGUAUGACAUGCAUGAGUUGGACUUGAUGUGCUGCGAUUCACUUGAUACGUCAGUGUUCGAUCAGGUUCUUAGGUCAAUCUCAUUACGCAAACUUUCGCUGCUCCUUUGUGGGCAUAGUGUUAAUAUAAGCGAGAGUAUUUUCUCCAUAUUGCACUGCGCCAAUCUAGAAGAGCUUAUCAUCGAUGAUCACCACUUGCUGAGCACUUCUUUCUUUCUGCCGAAGUUACUGCAAUUGCCCAGGCUCCGGCGUUUCUCCUUUAACAGCCGAAAUUUUUACGAGACCUUGCUGCAAACAGUGAUCAAAGCUAGGCCUGGCCAGGUCAAAUCGUUGCUCUUUAACGAUGCCUUCUGGAACAGCACUAACAUGAGCGAAACCAUUCAGUGCAUGUCCAAUCUGCGUUGUCUGGCACUCCAGUACGAUGAUAUUGUGUCCAGGGACCUGUUCACGAUAUGUGCAAUGUUGCCGCGUUUGGAGGAGCUGCAUUUGAUGAAUAUGCGCUCAUUGCCCAUGCCCACACAGCUUUGGAACGCUAUAGCCGUAUGCAAGUCCUUAAAAGUUCUCAAUUUAUCCGGCUGUCAGUUAGAUGAACAGUUUUUGGAUCUUAGUCCUGCCGACUUGGACAUGAAACUCUGCCACCAGAGUGAAAGCUCUCCCAUAACUCUUCAUGUCCACAAAACCAACAUCGAAAACAGCCAUGAGAAGAUCUGCGCUGCUUUUAAUCAUCCAAAUUUAAGAAUCUCCUUUAAGGCAGUCGAUUUAAUUGUGUGGAGUUCGCGAUUUGUAGAAAUUGAAUUUUUCCCGUCUAUAAAUUAAGAUACAAAUGUAUUGCG